AUGUCGCUCAUGAGAGCAGGAGCCGCUGCUUGCUUCCGGGCUGGAAGGCUCAUUGCCCCUGCUAAUGCACGUUUCGUGUCUACCAACACUGGUCGUGGCGACCCUUUCGUCAAAACCGACACUUCUGACGCGCCGACCGUCCGUCCCAAGGACAGUUCCUUGAUCCGGAAGGAGAGCCCUUCUGAAGCAAUGGCCCGCCAUCAGCCUGAUUAUGAGGCGACCAUUGACCAUGGAACAUCACUAUUCUCACCUGUGCCGAAGCGAGUGAUGGAUGGCAGCGAGCCUGGCGAGACAGUUCCUGCAGCAGUCCUCUCUGGAGCCCCCACUGACCUUCAGGCUCGUACUGUCCGGAUUUACCGUCCCACCAAGUCCGCAACACAGUCCGGAACUUGGCACGCUCACCACUGGAGAAUGGAUUGGGAUAUUUUGCAAAAGGGACAUCGUUGGGAAAACCCCCUGAUGGGGUGGCAGUCGUCUGCUGAUUUCAUGCAAGGCACUCACUUGAACUUUAAGUCGAAGGAGGAUGCCAUAAUGUUUGCGCAGAAGCAGGGAUAUGAAUAUUUCGUCCAGGAGCCAAAUGAGCGCCGAUUUGUCCCUAAGAACUACGCCAACAACUUUGUCCACGAACCGAAAAAGCUCAAGCAUAUCAAGACGAAAUAA